AUGGCCCCCCCUACUGAACCUCUAAACCUCGACGUCGAGGCUAUAUCUGGCAUUUGCGGUUCCAUCUCAAUUGCUUGCUGGGUCGUCGUCUUCUCCCCACAGAUCCUCGAGAAUUUCCGUCGCGGCAGCGCCGAUGGCCUGUCGCUACAGUUCAUCAUUGUUUGGCUGGCUGGCGAUGUCUUCAACAUCCUAGGCGCCGUCCUCCAGGGCGUUCUUCCGACCAUGAUCAUUCUUGCAAUCUAUUACACCAUUGCCGACAUGGUCCUUCUCGCGCAAUGUUUCUAUUAUCGAGGAUUCACCUGGAAAGACGAGGUAGUGCCACCAACCCCGAAGCCGCGCAACCGUACCGGCGAACCAAAUGAGCGGACAGGCCUCUUGCCCUCCUCGGCGAUCGAGCGCCAGCGUCGAGACUCGGAUUGGUCCAAUCUCUCCCCCGCCGUGCCCAUGCGCCCCGAAUCCGCGCCCGCUCCCCCGCCGAGGCCCUCGACCGUCCUGCAAGCAAUCGCCUGGAACACGACCGCCGUCUUGAUGGUUUGCGCCGCCGGUGUACUCGGCUGGUUCCUCAGCCGCAAGUACUCCCACCCCGAUGGGACCGACCACGACAGCAGCGACAAUGAUGCACUCUCCUUCAACACGCUUGGCCAGGUCUUUGGUUGGCUGUGUGCAGUAUUCUACCUCGGCUCUCGUCUGCCGCAGCUCCUGCUCAACUACCGCCGCAAGUCCACCGAAGGCGUCAGCAUGCUCUUCUUCCUGUUUGCUUGCCUCGGCAACUUGACCUAUGUGCUCAGCAUUUUUGCAUUUGACCCCCGCUGUGAGGACAAGGUGUGCCGCCCUGGCGAGGCAAGCGCCAUUUACGGUCGCUACAUCCUGGUCAACUUGAGUUGGUUGGCCGGUAGCUUGGGCACCCUUCUGCUCGACAUGGGCAUCUUUGCUCAGUACUUCAUGUACCGCAACGAUGACUACGCGACUGACAUUGAAGAGGAGGAUGACGAGAGCAUCGAUGAGGACCGUUGGGACCAGCGACCGCUCCUGGCUCGCGGUGACUCAACCUACGCAUAG